ACAGUGAUGUAAAUCUUCGGUUGGACUUAAAAGCUGAGAGUCCCGCAAGCUCAACAGAGCGUCUUAAUGGAGGUUUUGAGGUCGUCGAUUCUUGGUUCGCAGCAACUGUUCCCUCCAUUGAAACUGUAUUCUUUUAAAACCAGAUUUUCUCUCUCUAAAUUGAUCCCUUUUUCUUCUUCUCUCUCUUCUUCCUCCUCUCUCUCUUCAUUGAGAGAAGAUAGAGGCAAGUUUCGCUCUUUAAUUGAAUCUUUUGACCCUAAGACUCCAUUAGAAGAGGCCUUCACUCCACCAAGCUCAUGGUACACUGAUCCUUCAUUUUAUGCCCUAGAAUUGGAGAAGGUUUUUUACAAAGGAUGGCAAGCAGUAGGCUAUGUUGAACAAGUCAAGAGUAGCCAUGAUUUCUUCACUGGAAGAUUGGGAAGUGUACAAUUUGUGAUCUGUCGAGAUGCAAAUGGAGACCUUCGUGCUUUCCACAAUGUGUGUCGCCAUCAUGCUUCUCUUCUUGCUUCAGGCUGUGGUCAAAAGUCUUGCUUUGUCUGCCCUUAUCAUGCAUGGACCUAUGGGUUGGAUGGUAGACUACUCAAGGCUACUCGAAUUUCUGGGAUUCAGAAAUUCAAUGUACAUGAUUAUGGGCUUCAACCUAUAAAUGUGGCUACUUUGGGGCCAUUUGUACUGAUAAAUAUGGAUAGUAGUAAUACGAAUUCAGCAAAUGAGAACUGCAAAAGAGUGGCAGAGGAAUGGCUUGGCAGUUGCUCAGAGAUUUUGAGCACCAAUGGGGUUGACCUUUCGCUCCCCCAUGUUGCUAGACGCGAAUAUUCCAUCAACUGUAACUGGAAGGUAUUCUGUGACAAUUACUUGGAUGGGGGAUACCAUGUUCCAUAUGCUCAUGCAGCUCUUGCAUCUGGUCUCAAUCUCCAGACAUACUCCAUAGAUAUUUUUGAGAAGGUUAGCAUUCAGACAUGCGAAGGUAUACAAGAGGGAAGCAAAAAGGAUUUUGAUAGACUUGGAUCAAAAGCAAUGUAUGCUUUCAUUUACCCAAACUUUAUGAUCAACAGGUAUGGACCAUGGAUGGAUACAAAUCUAGUCCUACCAUUGGGAUUCGAUAAAUGUCAAGUCAUAUUUGACUACUUCUUAGAUUGUUCAUUAAAGGAUGACAAAGCUUUUAUUGAAAGAAGCCUAGAGGAAAGUGAGAGAGUGCAGAUGGAAGACAUCAUACUGUGUGAAGGAGUUCAAAAGGGCCUUGAAUCACCAGCAUAUUGCAGUGGUCGCUACGCACCCACAGUUGAGCAUGCCAUGCGCCAUUUUCAUUGCUGCCUCCACCAAAACCUUAUAUGAAUAUAUUUUCCCAUGAGACUUUUUUUCUUUUUUUUUUUGGAGCCAAGUCAAGAUACAUAUUUACAUGGAUUUUCCUUUUUUCUUUCUUUUUUUGUGCCGAAGACAAGGUACAUAUUUUUUUGCAUUGAUAUGUAAAACUAUAUGCAUGAUUGCUGUCAACAAACUUGUUAGAAGUAAAGUACACCUCAUAAAUCCACCUUAAAA